AUGAAGAAUGACAAUGUUAAUGAUGGCCAUGAAAGCAGUGACAGUGACAAGUACAACAGCCUCCACGUCCGGUCUCCUGGAUUCGGUCCAAUAUCAAAAUCAGAUUUGUGCCUCAUGCUGAUAACCGAUAAUGACGAUGAUUAUGAUGAUGGUGUUCUUAAUGAGGAGAACAAUGAUGGUAGUUGUGAUGAGGAUGAUGCUGUGUCAUGGUCAGUGUGCCACCUCGGGGCUCCCGCUGGCACCGAGAGCAUCAGCCGCACGGUGCCAGGACGUCCAAGAAACACGCCCAAGCCAGACGUCCAAGAAACACGCCCAAGCCAGACGCCCAAGAAACACGCCGAAGCCAGACGUCCAAGAAACACGCCGAAGCCAGACGCCCAAGCCACACGCCCAAGCCACACGCCCAAGAAACACGCCCAAGCCAGACGCCCAAGCCACACGCCCAAGCCAGACGCCCAAGCCACACGCCCAAGCCACACGCCAAAGCCACACGCCCAAGAAACACGCCCAAGCCACACGCCCAAGCCAGACGCCCAUGAAACACGCCCAAGCCACACGCCAAAGCCACACGCCCAAGCCACACGCCCAAGCCAGACGCCCAUGAAACACGCCCAAGCCACACGCCAAAGCCACACGCCCAAGCCACACGCCCAAGCCACACGCCCAUGA